AAGUUAAUAACUUUUAAUUGCGAAGAUAACAAUUUAAUAAUUGCACAAAUAUUUUGGGGAUAUUGCCCCUUUGUUUGCGAGAUUACAGCAGUUAUUUAUGCCGGGCUGAUAGCACGCUUAUAUUAAGAGGCGAAAUUGAUAAGAGCUUAGAAAGUAAUUGACAAUGUCGCGGAUUCCGUUCCCGUUUGAAAUUAAAGAUGUGGAGGAGAAUCUUGCUAAGGAACUUAUGGUGCAUUUUACAGGAGAGUUGACGGGGUUCGUGCAAGUUGGCCCCAAGAAAUAUUUCUUCCCCAUAAAAUAUAAGGAGCAGGCUGAAGAUAUUUAUAAUAUGCCUGUGAAACCAGACGACAUCUAUGUUGUUACCUUCCCUAGAUCAGGCACAACAUGGACACAGGAGCUAGUGUGGUUGAUGAAAAAUGACCUAGACUUUGAAUCCGCCAAAAAAGCACCCUUACCGUUCAGAUUUCCAUACCUCGAGUUCUCGAUCUUAAUCCACCCAGAAUUGCAUAAACCGAUGAUAGAGGAUAGCAAAGUACGCACAGAGAAGUUCCACAUCGCGGAAACGGCAAGACCUGCCGUUGAGAAGGCUGCCGACUUGAAAUCUCCAAGGUUCAUAAAGAGCCACUUGCCUCUGUCGUUUCUACCACCAGGUCUCUUGGAUACGGCGAAGGUGGUGUACGUGGCGAGGGACCCCAGAGACGCGGCGGUUUCCUUCUACCACUUGAGCAGAACGUACGUGAUACAGGGCGCGCCGAAGGACUUUAAGACGUAUUGGAACUACUUUAUUAAGGGAUUGCAUCAUUAUUCACCGGUAUUUGAACACGUGAAGGAAGCAUGGAACUUGAGACAUCAUCCGAAUCUUUUAUUUUUAUUUUACGAAGAAUUAUCCAAGGACUUGCCAUCCGUGAUCCGGCGAGUAUCCGACUUCUUAGGUAAAGAAAUGACACAAGAGCAAGUAGAGAAACUGGCAGAUCAUCUCAAGUUCAGCAACUUUAAGGACAACUCGAGUGUCAAUAAUCAAGUGCUCAUGAGCAAAAUAGACUUUGUGGUCAAAGGAGAAGCGCCGUUUGUAAGAAAAGGUAAAGUCGGCGGUUGGAGAGACUACUUCGACGAUGAGAUGAUAGAACAAGCUGACAGAUGGAUUAGAGAGAACCUCGCUGACACUGACCUGAGAUAUCCUUCUUGGGAACUACCGGAUUUGCCGACAAAAGAUAGAAAGAAUUCCAUUAAUGUUGAGUAUGUACGAACACAGCAUGGACGCACUUAGAAUCUUCCAGUGAUCUUA